CAGCUCGGCUCGGCUCCGCCCGCUGCCCGCCGCUUGUUGCAGGCUCCUGCGGGGCUGGGGCUGGGGCAGGACGGGUGGCGCAGAGCCGUACCCUCCCGUCCCCGCGUCUCUACCGACCGCCGAGGGCGGGGAAGAGCCGGGGGGGGGGGGCUCCCCCAUGAAGCGACGGAGGAUGAACAAGCUGUACAUCGGGAACCUCAGCCCCGCCGCCACCGCCGACGACCUCAAGCAGCUUUUCGGGGAGAGGAAGCUGCCCCUGGCCGGCCAGGUCCUGCUCAAGUCGGGCUACGCCUUUGUGGAUUACCCGGACCAAAACUGGGCCAUCCGAGCUAUCGAGACCCUCUCCGGGAAAGUGGAGCUGCACGGCAAAGUGAUGGAGGUGGAUUAUUCCGUGCCCAAAAAGCUCAGGAGCAGGAAGAUCCAGAUCCGAAACAUCCCCCCCCACCUGCAGUGGGAGGUUCUGGAUGGCCUGUUAGCUCAGUAUGGGACGGUGGAGAACGUAGAGCAAGUCAACACAGACACAGAAACAGCCGUUGUCAACGUAACGUAUGCAACUAAAGAAGAAGCAAAAGUAGCAAUUGAGAAGCUGAGCGGCCAUCAGUUUGAGAACUAUUCCUUCAAGAUUUCCUACAUCCCGGAUGAAGAGGUGAGCUCCCCUCCGCCCCCGCAGCGAUCCCGCCGCGGGGGCCACUCUUCCAGGGAGCGGGGCUCCUCCCCGGGGGGCUCCUCACAGCCCAAACAGCUCGAUUUCCCACUGCGGAUGCUGGUGCCCACGCAGUUUGUUGGUGCGAUCAUAGGAAAGGAGGGCUUGACCAUAAAGAACCUUACUAAGCAAACCCAGUCCAAGGUUGACAUCCAUCGGAAGGAGAACGCUGGCGCCGCCGAAAAGCCCAUCACCAUCCAUGCCACGCCAGAGGGGUGCUCCGAAGCGUGUCGCAUGAUCCUUGAUAUCAUGCAGAAGGAGGCCGAUGAAACUAAAUCAGCGGAAGAAAUUCCCUUGAAAAUCCUAGCACACAACAGUCUGGUGGGGAGGUUGAUUGGCAAGGAGGGCCGCAACCUCAAGAAGAUUGAGCAGGACACGGGCACGAAGAUCACCAUCUCCCCUUUGCAGGAUUUAACCAUUUAUAACCCUGAGCGGACCAUCACGGUGAAGGGCAGCACAGAGGCAUGCUCCAAUGCUGAAGUGGAGAUCAUGAAGAAGUUGCGAGAGGCCUACGAGAACGACGUGGUGGCCGUCAAUCAACAAGCCAACCUGAUCCCAGGACUGAACCUCAGUGCUUUGGGCAUCUUCUCGACAGGGCUGUCCAUGCUCCCAUCCACCCCGGGGGCCCGAGGGGCUGCAGCAGCCACCCCGUACCACCCGUUUGCACAGCAGAGCGGUCGGAGGAGAACGAGCUCCUCGGCGUACCUCUCGGGUCUGUACGGAGUCCCCCCAGCCGGUGCCUUCCCCCAUCAACACCCCCUGCCGGAGCAGGAGGUCGUGAACUUGUUCAUCCCGAUGCAGGCGGUGGGGGCCAUCAUCGGGAAGAAGGGGCAGCACAUCAAGCAGCUGGCGCGGUUUGCCGGCGCCUCCAUCAAGAUCGCCCCGGCAGAAGGCCCCGACGCCAGCGAGCGGAUGGUGAUCAUCACGGGGCCGCCCGAGGCUCAGUUCAAGGCCCAGGGCCGAAUAUUUGGGAAGCUGAAAGAAGAAAACUUCUUCAACCCGAAAGAAGAAGUGAAGCUUGAAGCCCACAUCAAGGUGCCUUCCUUCGCCGCCGGCCGUGUGAUAGGCAAAGGUGGCAAGACGGUGAACGAACUGCAAAACUUAACCAGUGCAGAAGUCAUUGUGCCGCGAGACCAAACCCCGGACGAGAACGAGGAGGUCAUUGUUAAAAUCAUUGGGCACUUCUUUGCCAGUCAGACUGCACAGCGCAAGAUCAGGGAAAUCGUACAGCAGGUGAAGCAGCAGGAGCAGAAACACGCUCAGGGAGCCCCGGCCUCGCAGCACAGCAAGUGAGGCUCCCGCCGUGCCGGCCAGCACCGCCCGAUGAAUGUAACCCCGCCGCCGCCGCCGGAACCCCCCCAGCAGGUCAGGGGAGCAAACCAAAGACACCCCCCCCCCCCACCCCCCCAAAAAACCCCCACCCCCAGCGUGGCCGGGGUGCUGCGAGGACGCGCAGCGGAGGGGUACGAGGAGGGCUCUCUCCAUCCCACAGCCUCCCCCUCACUCCAUCGCCUCCCGACGCUAUCCCUUUAGUUGGACUAACGUAGGCAGAGAGAGAGAGAUAUAUAUAUAUAUUUUUUAAUUAUUAUUAUUAAUUUCCUAAAAGCCACCAGUUUCAUCCAGGCACAGCCGGAGGAGCUCACUCGGCAUGGGGGGGGGGGGGGGCUGCGGCGCUCAUCGAUUUUAGAAUUAAUAUAUCGAUAACGAAACUAACGCCAAUUUUUAAGUUUUGUAAAAAAAAAAAUUUUUUUUUUUUAAAUUUCGGGGGAAGGGGGGGAUGUUUGUUUUUAGCAAAAGCAGGCUUUUCUAGAGUUUUAAGGAAAGGAGCUAGUCCAUUGGUUCUCUAAUGCACAGUAGAGCAGAGAUGUAGGAUUGCCGGGGGGGGGGGGGGGCAGAGGGGGACGGACAACCAACCCCAAACCCAACUAUUAAACAAGUGUUAAAAAGCAAUUUCUUAAGGGCUUUGAGAAGAGCAGUGCCUGUAUGAGCCAACAGAAGGGAUACCGUCUCCUAAAAGAGGAAUCUCUCUUUCACCCACCCUUUCCUCUUUGCUUCACAGAGUCCAAAACGGGGGUUUGCAUCCGUUCUGUCCCCCCUUUGCGGCUGUCUGUCUGUCUGUCCCCCUCUCCAUCACUGCCUGCCACAGCCCUGCCCGCUUUAGGCAGGGAUGGUUGGGGAAAGAUCCCUUUUUUCUCAAUGUUAGAGGGAGAGGGGGGAGGGAAAAAAAAAAAACAAAACAACCAACCAGAUUUACAAGAGGUUGUCAGCCCAGGGCUGGAAAAACAACUAGCAAAAUUUUUUUAAAUUAAAAAAAAAAAAGAAAAACCCACCCAACCCCACAUGACACACACACACACACA